GUAUAUAAACCCACAGAAACCUUUUUCUCACUCCUCCUUUCUCUUGUCUAGCUGCGUCCCUUCAAGAUCCCCAAGACCCUUACGCAAGAAACCCUAGGAACUGCGAACGGGAGGAGUGAGAAAGUAGAGAGAGAAAGAGAGAGGGCCAAUUUUAUCACCUCAGUCUCUCCGAGAGCCUCUCCGAUCUGAACCAAAUUCAGUUGGCGUGAUAGUUGAGCUAUUGGCGGGUUUAUUAGGGUUUUGAUUGCUUUUUGGGGAUCGAUCAGUAAUGGCGGCGGCGGUGCAGCAACCAGUAUCUGCUCAUGUUGUUGGCAAUGCUUUUGUUCAACAAUACUAUCAAAUACUGCACAAAUCGCCUGGGCUUGUUUUUCGUUUUUAUCAGGAUAUCAGUAAGCUUGGUCGUCCUGAGGACAAUGGGACCAUGGGUAUUACUACAACCAUGAAUUCUAUCAAUGAGAAGAUAUUGUCACUCAACUAUGGAGAACUCAGGGCGGAGAUCAAAUCCGUGGAUGCACAAGAGUCUUUUGAUGGUGGAGUCCAUGUCCUUGUAACUGGGUAUUUGACGGGGAAGGACAACGUGAUUCGGAAUUUCGCUCAAACUUUCUUCCUUGCGCCACAGGACAGAGGCUACUUUGUUUUGAAUGACAUAUUUAGAUAUGUGGAAGACAUCAGUCAACAUGAUGGAAAUCAGGUUUCGGCUAAUGAAGUAGAGGCUCCUCUCACCCCAGAGCUGGAUCCUUCUCCUGUGCAAGAGAAUCACAUAUCUGAGCAAACAAUGGUUUUGGCUGAAGUAGCCAAUGGGGAAGAAGUGUACAAUCCCCCUGACAAUGGACAAGUGCCAGUUGUAGAAGAAGAGGAAGAGCCCAUACCCGAGGUUGUUGAUGAAAUACAGGAUGGUUCACAGAUGAUUGUUGCAUCUAAUUCCAAAAUUGAAGAAGUGCCAAAGAAGUCUUAUGCAUCCAUUGUGAUGCAUAUGAAGGAGAGUGUCAUGCCAUAUUCGUCUCCUGCACCUGCUCCUCGGAAGUCUGUUUCAAAGAGCCCACAGCCGUCCACCCCAGCUGCUGAGACAACAGUUCCCAGUUCAGAUGUGGUUGAGAAUGUGAAUAACCAAGAUGGCGAAGCUGAUGGUUUCUCAAUCUACAUAAAAGGUUUGCCUUUUAAUGCCACACCUGCACUACUCGAGGAAGAGUUCAAGAGGUUUGGACCAAUUAGAAGUGAUGGCAUUCAAGUUAGGAGCAACAGACAGCAGGGAUUUUGUUUUGGCUUUGUGGAAUUUGAGAUGGCAAACGCCGUGCAAAACGCAAUUGAGGCUUCACCCAUUAUGAUAGGUGGACGACAAGCAUAUGUUGAGGAAAAGAGGUCUACCAAUUCUCGAGUGAACAGUAGGGUACGGUUGCCAAAUGGAAGGGGGUCUGGAUUCAGGAAUGAGGGAGUUAGAGGGCGUGGAAAUUAUGGAGGGGGCAGAGGUUAUAGCCGUGGCGAGUUCAAUGGCAGGACUGAAUUUGGUAACAGGGGUGGCAAUCGUGGAGGAUUUCCGAACCGAGGAGGUGAAGGAUAUCAGAGGACCGAUAGCAUGGGGAGCAAUGGCAGCCGCAUGAACCGAGCUAGUGGAAUGGCUGUUAAUGGAACAGCUAAAACAAUGGCACCGCAGGUAUCUGCCACCGCUUGAGGAACCAUAGAGUGGAAGGUUAUCGGUGAGUGAUUGUAGCAGUUAGUUUUUAUUUUUUACUUUCUAUUUUUUCCUGGAAUGUAGUGAUUUAGUGUUGAUUUUUUUUCGGGCGACUGGCAGCUUCUUAUCCUCUUGUGGAUGGGCUGUCUGAUUUUUUUUUUCUGGGUUAUUAUUUUUUUCCCUUUCGUGGAUGAAGUUAUAGCCUUGUAGGUGGAGAACAAAUGAGUUUAAGUAGGUUUUGUUGUGUGGUAUCUCUUUCCAAGUGCCCAAGGGAUUAAUUCUAAGUUAAUUUUGUGGCCUUUUUGUAUUGGCUAAACUAUUUUUAGAUAUUUGUUGCUGCCAAAAAAAAGAAAAAAAAAAGUGACACGAUUAUUGAACAUCAUACCUAUUCAGUUGUAUUUUCAAUUUAUGUUGGGUAAUAAGCGAUUGAUAUUGCAAGUCAA